AUGAUGAUGGAGGCGACACUUUCUUCUUCCCAGCUGGUGUCACCCACCUUCACCGCUGCCACCAAGCAGUCCAGCCCUGCUUCAUCCUACUCGAGCAUCAAGUCUCGGCUGAGCAAGAGCAGAAGCAGCCGCACCCCUUCGACCCCGCCUGCCAGCGACAGUCCCAAGCCAGCCACCUCAAGCUCUCUUUCAGUCAUCAAUCGAAUUGCGGCGACGAUGCGCCCCCGAGCCUACUCGGAUUCAACUGCUAUGCGCAAGCGCCACAACCAAGACAAGCAGCAGCAACAACAGAGCCAAGACCAAUUGCAGAGCCAGGCCCUGUCCCAAAAGCUUAGCAGCCUCCCACGCACCUCCUCCUUGCGCGAGAGCAUGCCCCGGACCGCCUCCAAAGGCCCCGUCAAACGCCUCACCAAACGCGUCACCUCCCUCUUCACCCGCUCCAACUCAUCCUCGGCGCUCCCCCAAAUGGAACAAUCCAGCGAGCUGCGCUGCCAAGCCCACCGGUCCGAGAGCAACCCCAGCCUCAUCAACAACUGCGCCAUUUGCAAGGCCAUCGUGGUCGACAGUCUCUGUGCCAGCGCCGAAGCCAUGUCCAGCUCCGACCAAAACACCCCCCGCUCAGCCCCCAAAUUCAUGUCCUCCCUCCGCCGCGGCAACAACCCCUUCCGACGCCACCGCCGCCUCUCCGCUAAUCUCGUGGCCCAGAGUGUCCAGCUUGAAGCCCGCCUCGACACUCGCCCCUCCCCAGAAGCCGCUGCCUCCUCGGUUGGAUUUGUUCAAACCAGUGAUGCUCAACCAGCCCGCAAGCGUCGCGACUCCCUUGAAGUCCUUCGUGAACGCCGUGCCCGUCUUCAAGACAAGAUUGAUGCCGAUCCUCAAGACCACAAGCUCGACAUUCGCAUUGCCCUGCGCCGUAAGCUUUCUUUGCGUUCAGAUUCAGAGGCGCUCACUCAGCGCAACAUUCUUCAUGCCGAAUCAAACUCUGAGCGUGCCCAGCGCCGUAGUGAGAUCGAGGAAAGCUUGACGGAGCAGUUGAGCCGCCGUGCUUCGGUCGAUUUGCUCAAGGCAAACCGCAUCCUCCACUUUGAGGCAUACACCGACGUCUCCUUGACCUGGGGCUGCGAUCUGUAUGAUCGCAAGUCUGAUAAGCCCUGGACUCGUCUCACGGGCCAAGACAAGAUUCGCAUUCGCGCCGAGCUCAACGACUACAAGCUCACCGAGAUGAUGGUGCACCCUGACAGCGCCCACAUGACGCGGUUCCACUAA